AUGAACCGCUUGACGAUAUCGGAGGAACAAAAGGCUUUCUUUCAUAACCAUGGGUUCGUUGUCCUCGACACAGAGCCCUUGAUCAAAGAUUCAGUUUUACUGGAGGCCUUGAAAAUUGCGUUUGAGUGCUGCUUUCGCGGGGAUUUUGAUACCGGUAUCUACCCGGAUGAAUGGCAUUGGCGCCAAGGGAUCUCAAGGCCUGACGCGGUGAGGGAAAUUUACGAUACAAAAAUUGAAAUCCAAAUAUUUACUCGCAGGUGGUUCUAGUUCGUCAGACAAUGGCUCGUUUGAGAUUAGCAGUUAAGAUCAUCAACCUAGUUGUACUGGUCUUCAUAGUAAUCUGUUUUUUCAUCGUCUUCUUUAAUAAAUUGAUAUGAUUCUCUGUGGUCAUCAUCUGCAUCCCUUGCUUUCUCUUCUUGUUCGUUCAUUUUCUUUGCAACGGGUGGAAAUCGGAUGCAGCCGUGCGUCGAGUUGUUUUGUCCGAAGAGGUGGGAAGCCUGGGACCUCAACUAUUCGAUCAUUGGCAGUCUUCUCGCGUUGCGCAAGACGAUUUACUUUGGAAGGUACCGGCAUCGGUUAGCACGAGCAUGAGAAGCACGGGCGCUGGAAGUACAGAUGCAGCAAAUGGAUUUUCCCUUGCUGCUCCGACGCAUGAGAUAUUAAGGCGGCUAGUUGUCGUUAGACUUGACCUUCAGCACCCCGUGAAGAUGUGAGAUGUGCUAAGUGGAUUCCCCCUAAUUUUGAGGGCGGGGCCCACAAGGAGACCUUAAGCCACUUAUUGACACACUUCACCACCUCUAGACUGGGUGCAAUCAGCAUUGGAUUGUCCUCAUAAUUAUCAUCAUCAUCAUCAUCAUCAUGCACAUUAAUCGCGGAAGGUCAAUCACGAAAGAGGGUGAGGCUAUCCUACCUCUAAAGCGACCAAAAGAAGAGGGGAAGAACGAUACCACGGACAACCCACAUGCGUCAUCCAGUGUGGGGUAUCACAUCGACAGCGACUACAUCUCCAAGCAAUUCUUGCCUACCGAAGACAACAGUAUUACGGUUUGGAUUCCUUUAGAUGAUGCGGAUGUUGAAAACGGCGUCCUCGAAUUUGUUGCCGGAUCGCACAAGUACGAGACUGAAUUAGAGGAAGCCAAAAUUAUGGAUGGGUACUCGUAGUUAAACAAAUACCCCAGAAUCGAAAUAAAAAGUUCUGAUUCUGUCUAAGGUCGUCAACCAGGUCGAUUAUCCCACGUGGCCUAUCCCUAUACGCAGUAGAUUACCUUGACUUGGAGAGGGAUAUCAUCCGGAACAUUGAAUAUUUAGACGGGAAGGGUGAGCACGUCUACGUCACUAGUAAUGAUGUACUACCGUCGCUAACAAUCGGGAUUUAAAAGCAAGAGAUGAAGGCGGGUCAUCUUUUCAUGGCGGCGGCAAUGCCCUCCUUGAUGCCUUGCGGGAGAAGGCCAAGAGGACGGAUCAUCACGCCAACAACGCAUCGACCACAUGCACAAGUGAGAAGAACGCAAGCACUUCUACUUCGCCUGCUCCACUUUCGGUCGCCCGUUAUCGCAUUCCUGCUGGCUACUGCUCCAUUCAUUGAGGCUUCCCCCAAUCCAUCUCCAGAAGCAUCUCAAAGCUGUUCCGUAAGGGAGAAACACAGAGAACUCGAGAAGAUGACUCUUCCCACGAUGGAGGGGAUCGGGGUGAGCUCUAAAUUCACCAUCAGAACACACUGCAUGGAUCGGGUCCGAACAGGAGUCCUCUGCGCCAUAGGAGAGCUUUAGUAGUGCACUUGUUGGAUGGUUCAGUGCGGUUUCGAGCGGAUCCGGACUAUAUAUAUGGCCGAUACAAGCUAAACAACUCAGCUGAAGUGCGCGAAGAGUUCUUCCCUACAACAUGGCGUAUCACAAACCUUUGACUCGAAUAUACACUACAGGAGCAACAGCAUUUCACUGGAAUACAAACUACAGCAACAACACUUGUCACUUGGAUUUGCCCUUUGACCUUUCAUGACCCUGCCGUAUAGAAUAACUAAAUGUUGGAACUGGAGCUGAGCAUGAUUCUCCCUGGAAUGGUGCAAGCUGUAAGCGAUGAUUCUCCCUAGAAUGGUUCAAGAGCUAUGUAUUUGGGAAAACUCGGAAGCGUUGUUUAUCACGUAAAGGAAGCAUCAGAUCC